GUGACAGAUAAAUCUGAGCCUGAGUCAGUUAGUGGUGUCCCUUAUGACAAGCUGACAAUUGGUGUCCCAAAAGAGAUCCACGAUGGAGAGAGAAGAGUGGCGCUGUCACCUGAAGCUGUUAAACAGUUGACUAAACAGGGAUUUAAUGUUGUGGUAGAAGCAGGAGCAGGCACUGGGGCAAAGUUUCUUGACUCUGAUUAUGUUGCUGCUGGAGCAGAGGUUAAGUCAGUAAAGGAGGCUCUAGGCUCAGACAUUGUACUUAAGGUGAGAAAGUUUUAUCAGUUUAAUACAGGGUAGCGAAUACAUCUGUAGAUUCAGUUCUAGGUGUAGAGAGUGUUCUCUUUUUCAGAGGCAUAUCACAUAAUUCAUUGAGCAUUGCUUAAACUAUUAAUUUUUCCAUAUCAGGUGCGGCCACCUCAACAAAAUGAAGCUGAUCUUAUGAAGGAAGGUGGCAAAUUGAUCAGUUUUCUGUACCCAGCCCAAAACAAGGAUUUGCUGGAUGUAUUAGCUAAAAGGAAAAUAACAGCUUUUGGUGUUGACUGUAUUCCAAGGAUAAGCCGUGCACAGACAUUUGAUGCCCUCAGCUCGAUGGCUAACAUAGCAGGCUACAAAGCAGUUAUUGAAGCUGCAAAUUUGUUUGGAAGAUUUUUCACUGGACAGAUUACUGCUGCAGGGAAAGUUCCUCCAGCAAAGAUUCUUGUCAUAGGUAAGGGUAAUCAUUAAAACUUAUCUAGUCCUUUCAUGUACCAUAUUACUAGUGCUCUGUUCCAUUGUUUUACAUUUGUGCAUCUCUUUAAACCCCUUGUUUUUUCUGACUUUGUAUACCUUUUAAUUGUUGAAUUGUAUGAUCAAUGGUAAAUGAAUGUCACAUCCUUAUUAAUUUUUCUUGUUAUCCCUCUUCUCUUUCUGAAAUAAACAGUAAAUUAAUAUUGUAUUUUAAACAAAAAUUAUGGCGAAAUCUCUUGCAAGAGAAUUCAUCUUUGAAAGAGAAUGUACCAGUAUUGCUUGUAGCACAAAUUGUGUAUAAAAGUGAUGGUACUUUCCUCCUCAUUACUCUUGCAUGCGUGUACCUCUUUUCCAAUUGCUGUGGUUGUGUUUGUAGUUGUGUUUGCUGUGGUUGUGUUUGUUGUAUUCUAUUUGACUCCUUGGGCAUUUGGUAAAGAAGGGCUUUACUAUUAGUAUUAUUCAAGAAAUUUUACAAGUGGUUACUAAACCCUUUAAGUCCCAAGAUCUGAUUUUAACUGUCCUCUCUACCUGUUGCAAAUUUCCUGGUAAACUAGUUCUGAGAAUAUGGUGAAAAAUAUACCUGAAAAGUCUGAGUAUUCUCAUUAUCUGUUUGUUGCAUAGUGCAUGAAUAUUAUAGGGAGAAGUUACAUGUAUAUCACUUCUGGGAGUUGAAAUACUCAAUUGAGUAUCAUAAAUCCAUAACCAGAGUUAUUGCAAUGACCAAUCAGAGCAAAGGAAAAUGUCACAAGGACACUGGCAGUAAUGAGAGAGAACACAAGAUGCCAAAUCCUGGUGGCUUUAGCAUUAGACCAAUCACAAUUACAAACUGAAAUAAAGCUGUUAGAAUCCUGGAUUACUUGUAUCACUUCAUUUUAACUUGCUCUGUUUGAGAUACCUAUUCAAGGAAAUAUUACUGACAUGUACUUUAAUGAAUUAUUUUUAUUAAACCAGGUGGUGGUGUUGCUGGCUUAUCAGCAAUAGCUACAGCCAGGAACAUGGGGGCAAUUGUGCGUGGCUUUGAUACAAGAGCAGCUGUAAAGGAACAGGUUCAAUCUCUUGGUGCAGAGUUUCUGGAGAUUACUGGGAUCGAAGAGUCUGGUGAAGGUCAGUAAGGACACAAAAACACUGUUAAUUACCUUCCAUUACAAUUGAUAAUUUCCCUUUGGGAUAACUAUAAGAGCAGUGUGUUAUAUAUUUUUAAAGGAAAUGUAUAAAACCUAAGUUGUGUGGAGAACUGUAGGUUUCUUUAGAGUGCUAGCCAUCUUAAUUUGUAAUCUUGCGGGUGCUGAAAAGAAAUAACUGUGCAAGAAGUGCUCAAAUUAUGUACAUUUGACAACAAUUUUUGAAUAGCUGGGUUAUUCUUGGAAAUGCGAAGUUUGAUUAGAUUUUAUGUAACUCUACUUUUUUUAAAUGUGAAUCAAAAAAGUUUAUGGUUUCUGGGGCAUACUUUUCAUGAAAUGAGCAUCCACUACAUGAGAACAUUUUUGGCUGUUUGCCAGACAUAAGCUGAUCUUUGUAUGAGUUUUUAUUGUUAAUUUAUUUUUUUUGUGUUACCACAGGUGCUGGUGGUUAUGCCAAAGAGAUGUCACCAGAAUUCAUAAAAGCAGAAAUGGAAUUAUUUGCUAAGCAGUGUAAGGAGGUGGAUAUUGUUGUAACAACAGCAUUGAUUCCUGGGAAGCCUGCCCCAAAACUGAUUACAAAAGAAAUGGUGGAGUCCAUGAAACCAGGUUCAGUGAUCAUGGACUUAGCUGCUGAGACUGGAGGCAACUGUGAACUAACCAAGCCCGGUGAACUUUAUAAUCACAAUGGUGUAAAUGUAAGUUGCAAUGAAAUUUCCACCAUAUGCUGCAAAGCUUUUUGCUUCUUUUUUUAGGUGGACUAACUAAAUUAAUAUAAGAUACACUUUGUUUACACCCUAAUAUUCACUGACAAGGAGAAUCUGGUUAACAAUCAGGAGCUUCAGUCUUAACUUGGUGCUUAUUUCCUUUAUUCUCCCAACUUUGAUUCGUGGGUGAUAUUAUAAUGGGAAAUUAGAUGCUAGUCACUCUUGGGGGGCAAGGGGUUCAUUGUAAGGCCAAGAACCCAGGGUUUUGUUUUCCUCUGGGCACAAGGUCCCAGGACCCUUUAGUAAACUUAUGUGAACAGCCUUUAUCACAGGUGGCACUAGGUUUCUAAACCAUCCAAAGGGUAUUAAAGCUUUUAACUAAUGUAAUUGUUCCUUACUUUUGACACCAGUUAUGAGAAAAUUGUUCCCCUAAUUCAUCUGGUUUUAUCAACCCCAACAGGUUGUUGGAUAUACUGACUUACCAAGCCGCCUGCCCACUCAGUCAAGUACACUUUAUGCAAACAACCUUACAAAGUACCUUCUCUCCAUGGGAGGAAAAGGAGAAUUUGCUAUUGAUCUGAAAGAUGAAGUGGUGCGGGGUUCCAUUGUUCUUCAAGAUGGAGAGAUGAUGUGGCCACCUCCAAGAGUUGAAGUUCCCCCUCCUGCUCCACCCAAGCCAAAACAACUUGUGAAACCACCAGAGCAGUCGCCACUAAAUGCCACCAUGUGGGAGACUGGUUUGACAGCAAGUAUGGCAAUUAUUGAUUGUAUAGGGGUGGGAAUGGACCUUUGAAAAUUAUGUUUACUGUAUUUUCUUGAAUAAGCACCUGGUUGCCCAUUUAAAAUUUUUUCGUAAAGGAAGGGUGCUUAUAGGAAGGGUGCUAUUAUUAAUAAACUACUGACCUGUGCUGAUACUGCUCUAGUUGAAGCUUAAAAAGUUAUAAAUGAAGGGGCAACAAAAAUAGGUUUUCCUAAGUGAAGGAGGGGGGGGGGGGGAGUGAUAGAGCUUAUCCAAGAGAGGUGCUUGUUUUAUAUUAUGGCCUAGGGGGUUGGCACUUACUGGAGGAAAUAAGUGGCAUGCUGAAAAUCUGAGAGGCAUGUCUUAGUUCAAAUUUCAUCCCCUUGUACAUUGGGUUGGUUGCUAGUGCCAUGUGCUCUACAUGUACAUAUUUUUGAUAUGCAAUAAAGUGCAAACAGUAAAGUGUACCUGCACAUGUGCAUGUAAAUGUGUAAUGACUUGUAUUGGUGGCUGGUAUGAUAUGUGUACAUGUUACAUAGACACUGUUGUCUGAUUGCAGUGCAUUAAUUUUUAUUAGUUAAGUUGAGUAUACACUGUAAGUGAUGCAUUUUGUGGAUCUGUUUGCUUCAUGGCCAAGUGCAAGGUCAAGAAAGUAAGAUUACUGAAAAACACAUAGUUUUCAAUGUAGCAAUGGAAGGGUACGAGCUAGUUGUUUCUUUUUAAUCCAAUUUGAUGGAGUGCUCCACUAUUCCUAAUCGUACCAGAAUUCUUUGUAGUGUUUUCACUUUGUAGUGUAUCUACAGGGGUUAUUAUUUAACACAAUGUUUGGUCUGUUUUACUCCACAGCUGGCCUCAGUUCUCUUCUUGGCCUGGGAGUCAUUUCACCCAAUCCUGCCUUUGCUACCAUGGUAACCACUUUCUCUUUAGCUGGUGUGAUUGGUUACAAGGUUGUUUGGGGUGUGACACCUGCACUGCACUCCCCCCUGAUGUCCGUAACUAAUGCUAUAUCAGGUAUCACAGCAGCAGGGGGGCUGGUGCUUAUGGGUGGAGGGGUGUUACCAAACAACACUGCGACGUCCCUUGCUGCAAUGGCAACUUUGGUAUCCAGUAUAAACAUCACAGGUGGAUUUAUCAUCACUAAGCGCAUGUUGGAUAUGUUUAGGAGGCCAGGUAUGAGUGCUUCACUGAUGUACUUAAAGAGUUAAAUGAUUUUGCUUUGUAAAAUAUAGGCAUCUGUAUGAAUAUUUCAGCAGUGCACUGAAAGGUCUUUUACAUUUCAUAUUUUAACAUUGUGGUAAUCAUUUCUCUAUUUGAAAUCUUUACCCUGCAGUUCAAGACAAAGUUUUAAAAUGUUCCAUUGACACACAGAAAGUAAUAGAAGGUUAUUUGGGCUUUUUUCAAAAGACUACAGAUGUUUUUUCUGCACUUAAGCUCGACUGAGUUAGAAAAACAAAAUUUUUAUUUGCCAAAGUUUAUAAGGUUUUCAAUUACUGAGAAGGAAACCGCAUAUCCCAAACACUAGUGGAUAAACUGCAACUUCUUUCCCAAAAUUUGAGUUGCCGAACUCAGGGUGCGGCUUAUCUGCAAGUACAGCUUAUCUGCUAGUGUGAACAGUAUUAUACACUGAAGGUCAACAAGAGUGUUAGGCUGCAGAUUGUCUGGGCUAGACUGCUAUUAUGCAAUCUUCUCUUAGCUAUAAUGUAGAUUUGGAUUUGUGUUGACAUGAAUGUAGAUUGAGUAUGUGUCUCCCUUAGCCUCACCUUUUUCUUGUUCUCAUAUACAAGCUAGUAUUUUUAUCAGGACUGUAUCAAGAAGUAUAAUAUUAUAUUCUCACAGAAUGCCUUUAACUGACCAAAAUCUACCGUUCAGAGGGCACUUUUAUAAUAAUCUAUCUGCAUUUGUAUAAAACCGUUGAUAAACAUGACUGUGGUUUCUAAUAAAUUUUUCUCUUAGAUGACCCCCCUGAGUACACCUACCUAUAUGCCAUCCCUGGGGCAGCUGUUCUUGGUGGCUAUGCUGCGGGUAAGAUGGCUGGGUAUCCUGAUAUCGAUCAGAUGGCGUACUUGGCUUCGUCACUGUGCUGUGUUGGUGCUCUUGGGGGCCUUUCUGCUCAGACCACGGCCAGACAAGGAAAUGCCCUUGGUAUGUUGAUGAGUAUUUUGUUAAAUACCGCGCGGAGGUAAGUUGACAGGCCUUCGAAAAACUCGAUCCUCAAUCCUCGAAGUUGUCGAGAAUCGAGGCUAGAGGCUAGUUUCGAGACUUUCGAGACGAGAAAACAUAGUAAUGUUCGAGUGAACACUGGACUGUAGUUUUCUCAGGGAGAGUCGUAUGGCUAUGUGCAGUGCAUAUACCGAUAAAACAAGUUUUUGUUAAGGAAGGGCUAGUUUUGUUGGGAAGGGUGCAAAGAAGAAAGGAGAUCCAUACCUAAAUCGCACAGUGCUUUGAUUUUACCUCUCCUGUUUUAUGGGCUUUAUUUUUAGGGCGUUGAGACGGCGUCUAUUAAUUUGUUCUCCACCAAACAGUUAAGCAGCACGUCAGGUACAUGUAUAUGUACAUGUCUCAAAGCAACUCGGGAGUGAUUGUCCAGAAAAUAGGCCGUAAUGAAAUUUUCUCUUCUCUUGUCCUUACCUAUAAACGUUCGGUCUGUUUUCUGUAAUCGCUCAUAUUCAGUUUGAUAGUAGCUAACCCAGUUAUUAUUGAUUGCUUACAGGCAUUAUCGGGAUAGGUACCGGUAUGACGGCUACAAUGGGUGCUCUGGCACCUUCCCAUGAUGUGCUGACACAGAUGGGUGCCAUGAUGGGUGUGGGUGGCACCAUUGGGGCCAUCAUCUCCAGUCGCAUUGCUGUCAGCGAUCUCCCGCAGCUUGUUGCAGCAUUCCACAGUUUUGUUGGCUUGGCUGCAGUUCUUACGGCCAUUGCUAAGUACUUGGCUGAUGUGGACCUUUUUGCUGACGAUCCUUCAGGGAAUGUCCAUAAAGCGGCUAUAUUUCUCGGCACCUUUAUUGGUGGAGUGACGUUCACGGGUUCUCUGGUGGCAUUUGGCAAGCUUCACGGGUUGCUUGACUCGAAGGCUUUGAAUCUACCUAUCAAAAACCAACUGAAUAUUGGCAUGGCAUUGGCCAAUGUUGCAGCUAUGGGCUGGUAUAUGGGUACCGACAGUGCUGCAGUCGGAAUACCAAUGUUGGGUAAGUAUGUUUUAAAAUUUUUUACAUGUUACAGUCUCGUUUUCGCGAGGCAUAUUCUCCAUACUGUUCUCCAUACAUUUCUUGAGGUGCUGACGAGGAGAAAUUUUCUAACAAUCAAGAGCUUCUUUAGUUGGUGACCAUUUCUUUAAUUCUCAUAACCUAAAUGCUUGAGGAGAAAUUAGAUUCUUGUUUGGGUUGAAGGAAAUGCGCUUUCCACAAGUUUACCAUGCGUUAUGACUACCUCACUCUACUUUAAAAAAAAUUGUUGUAUUCUUAACUUAUUGUUUUACUCCAUUUACCUUCUUCGACCAAGAAUGGACAGAAACAUUUUGAAAAGACAAGUUGAUUUCAUAAAGCAAUUAAGUCCCUAGCAUGAUGCAAAACAUGUUUACUAACACAUCUGAUUACUAUUUGCUUUUUAUCUUGUGAACUGUAGGUACUACCGCCGCGCUGUCCUCCAUCAUGGGUGUGCACAUGACAGCAUCGAUUGGUGGAGCAGACAUGCCUGUGGUUAUCACUGUUCUCAACAGCUACAGUGGUUGGGCUCUUUGUGCAGAGGGGUUCAUGUUGAACAACGAUUUGCUGACCAUCGUGGGAGCUCUUGUGGGAUUCUCUGGAGGAAUCCUGUCAUAUAUCAUGUGCAAGGCUAUGAAUCGGUCCUUAGCUAAUGUUCUGUUCGGUGGAUACGGAACAUUGUCUACUGGUAAGUCUGCACAGUUUUAAUCAAUGUUCUUAUUGAUGAACUUGAGAUAUCGUAAACUGUUGCUCAUAAUCCUCCCCCCACCCACCCCACCCCACCCCGACCCAUCUACCUGUAAACAAAAAUAUACAUCCGAUUAGACAUAGUUUGAAGCUACACUGGUUUGCAGAUUUAAUGAAUGUAACCGAAGAAGUAUGGCACAUUAACUCCGCCCACGCUCCUUUAAAUCGUGACGAUGGCGGUCUGCUUCCUGACGCCUAUUUACACCUCGUCAGAAAAAAAGGCCGCUAAUUAGUGAUCAUAUAAAAGGACCUCUUGUUGCAGCGCUUAGAUCACCCCUGAUGAAGGCACUAGACAGGAGUGUCGAAACGUUGGGUCUAUGAAUUGUAACUUCUUCGGUUACAUUCAUUAAAUCUGCAAACCAGUGUAGCUUCAAACUAUGUCUGAUUGUCCACCUGGUUGCUGUGUGAACUUUAAUAUAUUAUACAUCCGAUUGUUAACACCCCCCCCCCCACCCCACCCCCGAUAUAAGCCCCUCCUCCUCUAGCUUUUCUUGUUCUGAGUGGGCUACUUUAAACAGAAAAUUUGAAAACUUAUUGUGGGACAAUAAGUUUAUUACCUCUUUUCAAUUAUCAAAGACAAACCUAAAAGGAAAAGUCUGAGCUUCCGUUUUGUUAUGUUCUAACUUUGUUGCUGUUGUUAGUUAAUUCUGUUCCAAAUGCACUGAAAUGAAUUUGAUUUGUUUUGACGUAUUGAAGCUUAUUUAAAAACCAGUAUAAACACAAAUCCUAUUUUGAUCAGCACUUCUAGAACUCGUUUCGAAGCGCUUUACAUAUUCCAGAUAUAAGCCCUCCUAAAACCCCUUACGAAGUUGUAUAAGCGACAGUUCACGGUACCCACUAUGUAUAGUUCAACAGUAAAACUGUAGCGGGCUGCAGGUGAACUCUUAUGCUCUCGUCUAACGCAAAAUAUUAUUUCGUGAAUAAUGAAGUUGAUCUUUUAUCACGAAAAUACCGUGAUGUGCAUUUCAUCUCCGUACUUUUUUUCCGUCUUGGUUCUAUUACCAAAAUCGAAAGUUUUGCUGGUUUAUCCUCGAUAAUUUGGUAAAAAAAAAAAAGCGAAAGGCUAAUUUUCGAAACGCUGGCUUCAGAUACUCUUAACGGUGGCCAGUUUAUAUUAUCAUCUUAGUUGAUAAACCAAAUUAUUUUGUAAUACCCUCAGCGACGCAGCACCACAGUUUCUAUAGAAAGUUACCCCCCUUUUCUUAUUUACACUCGGUUGAGCGAAGCGGUUGAGAAGAUCAGGAUACUUUUUUUAGUUUUACCAUUCCAUAGAACUUCUCAAUUUCGAGGCCAAGGGUGCAGUGACUACGUCAUUAAAGCGUCAUCAACGAUUUUGAAAAGUUGGUUUAGGUUUUUUUUUAUUGAGAAGGAAGGACAACGGUUAGUUAAACAUGCGAAAGUGUAACUCACUGAUUCGAUUACUGGGUAAAGGUGUGAAGAAUUAGUGCACUAGAAAACCUGUAAACGCAACACGGCAUCAUCCAAGAGCAGAUUGACUUGAAGUCACCUCAGCAUGUCCGAUAAUAUCGACGCAACAUCCGUUAAAAGGAGAUUGCUAACAGUUUCUUCGGCCACCUUUUCCACUACACUUGUCCGCCGUCCGCUUUCUUCUUCUUCCGUGAGUGUUAUUGCUUUGCAUGCAUGCAACGCUGUUAGCUCGCUUGGUUCUCUUCCUUGUAUCGUCUCCACGCACCACACUGGAAGUUCCUUCAGGAGGAAGUUUCGUUUUCUUUUGAACCACAACUGGACCAACCAUGGCAGACGCAGAAUCACCUGAGCGCUUAGAAAGUCUACUCACGUGACGACGCCUCAACACGGUCGGCUCAACAACUACGUCGGGAUUUCCUCGGAAAUAGUCGGCGCUGUACGAUCUGUGGUUGAAUUGUCGUUGUGGUUGGCUAGUACUUGGAACUUGAAUAAUUGGAGGAUCGGGCAUCGGUUUGAUGAAGAAUUGCGAUGCAGCGCUCUGUCCACCGGUUGUAGUGUCGCCGUGGAACGAUUCGUCAAAAAGAAAUUGCAGCGAAGAUUUCUCGCCGACGUCAGUUUCGUCGGUUUUCAUCGAGCAGUCGGAGAUCUCUUUGCUUUCGGUUUUAUUCGGCUGAACUUCGGCAAAGAGGAUUUCCAGCGAUGACUUGUUGCUUAUAUUUGGUUGUUUCUCAGCGAACAAAAACCCAUGAGAAGUUGUUGCGUUCGAAUCUGUAUUAGCAGUUCGUGAGGAACAUCCCGGCGCUGUAGAGUUAUCUUCUACGCUGUCACUGAGUUGCAAUUCCUUGGCCUCAGGCAAGGUUUGAAGAGACGGCACCCGUCUGUCUUCGUGUGCAGACUCGCCAUGGUUCCGUAUUUCUUCGAUCAAUACCCAGUCGUCCUCUGUAACCUUGGAGUCGUCAAACAAUACCUGAUCGCUGUUCACACGCUCUUGGUUUCCCUCCGACGAUCCCCAAACAAGGCUGGACAAAGAAGAAAACAUUACUUCAAGGAGAAUUCAUUUGUUGUUAGAAUCUAAAGCGAAUCAUUUCACUCUUAAUUAUGUCUCAAAUUAACGAUUGCUAUUAUGACGUAAAUCUACUAACGAGCGAUUAUGAGACUUUGCCGUAAUUUCUUUAUUAAUGUCAUUCUUCAUCGAUAGGACUAUUCUUUUGUCGCUGAAGGAACUGUUUAUUAUAAGCAAGGUGUAUUACUAUUGUUGCAUUUCCCACAACCUAUGCGGAAAAUGCCUCAAUGCAGUGUACGGUUAAUCUGCUUUAUUUUCCGCGGAUUGUUUAUUGAAGUUGGGAAACAGCAGUUAUGAUGGUGUAAUUCUCGUACCGCGCGCGCGCGUCGAUUUUUAUUAGUUACUUAAUAUGCCGGUUAAUUAACAAAUAGAGAAGCCUUGACUGUGCUCUGUUCUGUUAUAAAGCACGCAGGAAGCGGCUAGAGCACGAAAGAAGUGUAGGGAGAAACACGAGACGUAGUCGAGUGUUUCUUCCCACUUCUUGAGUGCUCUAGCCGCUUCCUAAGUGCUUUAUAACAGAACAGAGCACAGUCAAGGCUUCUCUAUUUGUUUUAUAAUAAAGAAUCCGUUAAAUUACCCAAGCAUUACAUUCAAUUUUCAAAACAAACUUUAUUUCCAAAGCGAACAACAGUGUCGUCAGCAUGCUCUAUACUCUCAUAAAGCACGCUACAAUAAGUCAAUCAGAAUCCCUGUUAGAAUGGUUCAAAUAAUCUGAUUGGCUGUACAAGACUAAAGCUGUCAAAAGUGUCAAACCAUCAAAGUUCACAUUCUACGAUAGUUUACAAACUAAAAUAGUUCGGCAAGUCGAAUUUAACACUCACUUUUGCUUGAAGUUUUUAAGUCUCUAAUACAGAAUCUUGAAGUGAAAUGAUCCGUGAACUUCAGCCGAAUUAUGGCUCAUAAAAACACGUGAGUUUUUUCACAUGACAAGGUAGAAAACAAACUGUUCAAGGCGAGUGCUUGUUGAAUGAACGACAACCGAAUUCACCAGAACAUGAAGAUCGCGCGGGAUGACAGCGCCGCAAAACUCGGCUGCAGUGACUGAUGUGACUUUCCACUCAACGUAUCGGAAAGGAUAUCAGAGCAAGCUCUUAUUUUUUCACUCGAAGGGCGGCCGAUGUAGUUUCUGAGGCUUGCUUUAUUGUGAUGACUGGAGAUCGCCAUGAUGAGCGAGCCGCGAUGAACUUCAGCAUGAUCAUAUUCGCUCAGACACCGUCAUGAUUAGUAUGAAUUUUAACAAUUAUGCCAGUUUGGUUAUAUUUUUCAUCAUUUCUGUUUUUUUCUGUUUUGUUUUUGAACACUGAACUUUAUAUACUAUACGAGUGUUAGCUGUGUUUGAUUUUUAUUACCGUAGGUAAGCUUGCAAUCUAACUGAGCGUGAAAAUCUUUAAACCCGGAAUGUCUAUUUUGUUUUUCCUUUGAGGAUUUUCGUAUCUGCUCACGUUUUAAUAACGUAAAUCACGGCGCCUGGUAUGUUUACAAACGUUUGUUUGGUUCUUCUGUUGCUACUUGCCGGCUCGCUUGUUCCGAAAUUUCACCUUCAAUUAUCGGAAAAAAGCUAAAAAGAAGUCCCGGAAAAGGUCGAACAUGCUACAAUAUGGCAGAUGGCGUGACAGCUUUAGCUCAGCUCUAUGCUCUAUACUCUCAUAGAGCACGCUCUUUCAACCAAUGACAGCGCGCGUUAUAUCCGAACUUUAUUAUAAACUGGAAUAACACAUGAAAGACGCACGCGCUCAGCGACUCGCAGUUUUUCGUUUUAAGCUUCAAUCAUCUGCGACAGCCUCCGGCUUGGAGACUUUUCAACCCCUCCCCGUGUAUUUCACGGUGAGUUAAUUAUCUUAACUUGUCAUUAUUUUCUGUUGUAACAGGCACGGGUGAAAGGGAAAAGAUCACCGGGACUCACACGGAGAUCAAUGCGGAAGGCGCCGUAGAAAUGCUGACAUCUUCAAAGAAUGUUAUCAUCACACCAGGAUACGGAUUAGCUGUGGCUAAGGCGCAGUACGCUAUCGCUGACAUGGUCAAAGAGCUCAAAGAAAGAGGACUCAACGUACGCUUCGGGAUCCAUCCCGUCGCAGGACGUAUGCCGGGACAGCUGAACGUAUUGCUGGGUAAGUGAACUUAAGUUCCGUGGAAGUCGUCUUCUUUUGCAGCAGUCCAAACAUGAGGGAUGAAAGAAAACGUUUGUGAGAGAAUCUACAUUCUGACGUGGUUUAGCUCGUUUAUCUUUGCGCGCAUGUAGAAGGGAAGGAACUCUUAACGCUCAGAAGAUUUCUUCAUUUGAAAAGGUGGUCUGCCUUAAACUCCUUUCAGUAUUCUUGCACGAGUAUGUAACGUUAUUGCUUACAGCAAAUCAGUCUUAUUUUAGCAGUUAUGAAGAGAUGAUUUUUACUCAUAAGACAGCACAAAUCAAGAGCUAGAAAAUUUCAGGCUCAAAAUAAGCCAGUUAUGUUUAUGUACAAUGCCUCCAGUUUACUUUCCUCGAAAAAGCGCGGAAAAAUAUUAAUAUUUUAUUUAUGCACCGACGCUAACAAUAACACGUGUCAAUUUAUUGUUACAGCUGAGGCUGGAGUACCUUAUGACGUCGUGUUAGAGAUGGACGAAAUUAAUGAAGACUUCCCCGAGACCGACCUCGCUCUGGUGAUCGGUGCGAACGAUACAGUCAACUCCGCUGCCCAAGACGAUCCCAACUCUGUUAUCGCGGGCAUGCCUGUUCUGGAAGUUUGGAAAGCAAAGCAGGCGAGUUGCUUGAAGUUUUCUAUAUAUUUUUUUUUUAUAUAUUUGUCUUUUUUUGUUUGAUAUCUGAAUUAACAACCCUUUUAUUCCACGUCAUGUCUACAUAAGGAUUUAAGAACGGCCGGCCAAAACCUUUCGUCAAUGUUUUCUACCUAAGCAAGAUUGCAAAUGGCGGUGAUAACGUGUUCCUAUUAAAGCUGGGUAACAUAACGAAAUGUAGUCAUUGAGUAAACCGACCAACAAAAAUUUUGCACCCCAAGUAACCGUAUUACCCUAUUGACAGGAAUGAUGGAAAAGAAUGGGUAUAUUUUCACCCAACGUUCCCAUUUUAUGUGAGACAGGAAUACUUGAGCUUAGAGGUCGUCGUUAUUCGAUAAGCCAGUAUACAGUAUAAGCCUAGUUGCUACUGUAACGCUUUGAAAUUGAGUAACCAAAUUCAUAUUUAAUCGACAGGUGAUCGUGAUGAAGCGCACUCUGGGCACCGGGUACGCAGAUGUGGAUAACCCAGUGUUCUACAAACCCAACACUUGCAUGCUUUUGGGUGACGCUAAAACCAUGUGUGAUUCGCUUCUAAAUAAGGUUAAGGAACACUAUGGCAGUUAA